UAUGAACCAUAAGUAGUAUUUCAGUUUUGCAUCAGUACAAAGUUAGAGCCUUCGAGUAGUGUUGUAAAUAAGUUUAAAUCAAGACUAUUUAGUUAUUACAACAAUUAUUUUCAAGAUGAAAGUUUUUCUUUUUAUUUUGCUGGCUUUUGCAUCAGUUCACGCGUUAAGUGAUAAAGAAGAAUGGGUACAAUUUAAGGUUAGGAAUAAUAAAAGUUACAGAAAUUAUAUUGAGGAACAAAAACGUUUUACAAUUUUUCAAGAAAGUCUAAGAAAAAUCGAAAAUCAUAAUGACAAAUACGAUCAUGGACUGUCUAUAUUCAAGUUGGGGGUAACAAAAUUUGCAGAUUUGACAGAAAAGGAAUUUUCGGAUAUGUUAGGAAUUUCUAAAAGUACCAAGUCGUCUAGACCUCGUGUUAUUCACUCACUUACUCCAGUAAAAAAUCUUCCGUCUAAGUUUGAUUGGAGAGAAAAAGGGGCAGUGACUGAAGUCAAGGAUCAAGGAUCUUGUGGAUCCUGUUGGAGUUUUAGUACGACUGGAACAGUAGAAGGAGCUUAUUUUCUUAAAACAGGAAAAUUGGUCUCUUUAAGUGAACAAAAUCUCGUAGAUUGCGCAAAAGAAGACUGUUAUGGAUGUUCAGGUGGGUACAUGGACAAGGCAUUAGAAUACAUUGAAACAGCUGGAGGAAUAAUGUCUGAAAACGAUUAUCCUUAUGAAGGUGUUGAUGAUAAAUGCAGAUUUGAUAGCUCCAAAGUAGCUGCAAAAAUUAGUAACUUUACUUAUAUUAAGAAGAACGAUGAAGAUGACCUGAAAAAUGCCGUUAUUGCAAAGGGACCCAUAUCAGUAGCUAUUGAUGCCAGUUUUAAUUUUCAAUUAUAUGAUUCAGGAAUACUCGAUGACUCAUCAUGCUACAGUGACCUCAAUUCUUUGAACCAUGGAGUACUGGUUGUAGGCUAUGGGACAGAGAAAGAGCAAGAUUACUGGAUCGUGAAAAACUCCUGGGGAGCUGACUGGGGAAUGGAUGGCUAUAUAUGGAUGAGCAGAAAUAAAAAUAACCAAUGUGGUAUUGCCACUGACGCUACAUACCCAACUAUAUAAGAUUGUAUUUUAUGUAGAAUAUUUUAUGAAUUUUUAAACAAUAAACAUUAAACCAAGUAUAA